CCCUCGCAGCGCCGGUCGCCUGGAUUGCAGCGGGGUCCAGUCUGCUGCUGCUGGAGGAGCAAACCUGGCAACCUGGCGGCUCGAGCGGAGACCGAUUGGCAAUCUGGCAAUGCGGAAAUAGAUCUGGCGCCCCCCCACCCUCCCUCCCGAUCCCGGACUGAGGAGAGAGGCGUGACAGAGCCAAGCAGAGAGGAGAGGGGAUUGCACUGACAAAGAUAAAAUAAUCAACACUUUUCUUUUCCUCUUUUUCUUUUUUUUUUAAAUUGAAAGUGCUCAGGUGCGCACGUCUGCAGCUGGGCUCCUCCGGCGGUGGUUUUCUAUUUAUUUGUCAAGUCUAAGAAGAAGAGGAGAGAGGAAAAAGAAGAAGUGCGUUUUUAUUCUCGUUUGGAUUCCGGACUUCUUUCUUUACGGACUUCUUUUUCUUUCUUGCAUCAAGCAUGGAUGUGUUGGCGAAUUACAGUAUUUUCCAGGAACUCCAACUCGUUCAUGACACUGGUUAUUUCUCCGCGAUGCCUUCCCUGGAGGAGAACUGGCAGCAGACGUGUCUAGAGUUGGAGCGGUACCUACAGACGGAGCCCAAGCGACUCUCGGAGCUCUUCGACGAGGAGCUCGACUGCCUCUUAACGCCGGCCUUCAUGCAGGGUGGUGACAGCGACGAGGACCUGAUGGACCCCCUCCUCCCCAGCCUCCCCGACCAGCCCAGUCCACCUCCUCUAUUGGUAACCCUCCCCAAGGUCCAGGCCAAAAUCCUCCAGGUUCCCAACCCCAACAAGAGCCAAGCAGUAGCCGGGACUGAAACCCUCACGGCCAAGGACCAGGUCCUCGGAGGAGUCAGCGCCGCACAGCUCAGCGCCGCCGUCACAUCCCUAACACCACCGUCAUCACCGGAGCUUGGCCGGCACCUUAUCAAACCCACACAAACACUCACGGCGACGGCAGACGGCACAUUAACGCUUAAACUGGUGGCCAAGAAGGUGGGGUUAGGGGCGGCUAAGCUGGUGGCAGCGCGAGCGUUACCGUCCCCGCCGAGCCGAGGAGGAGCCCUCAGCGACAGCGAGCAGGGGGGAGGAGGAAGUCUGGCAGGAGACGUACCAGAGAACAAGAAGAGAGUCCACCGGUGCCAGUUUAACGGCUGCAGGAAGGUUUACACCAAGAGCUCCCAUCUGAAGGCCCAUCAGAGGACCCACACAGGUGAGAAGCCCUAUAAGUGCUCAUGGGAGGGCUGCGAAUGGCGUUUCGCCCGCAGUGACGAGUUGACGCGACACUACCGCAAACACACCGGAGCGAAGCCAUUCAAGUGCAACCACUGCGACAGGUGUUUCUCCCGGUCGGACCACCUGGCCCUGCACAUGAAGAGGCACAUCUGAGGGCAAAGAGAGGAGGAGUGGGAGAGGAGGAGGAAGACGAGGAAGAGGAGGAGAGAUAGGAGGAGAGAGAGAGAGGAGGAUGGGCAGUCGAGCUACCAACCGCCCGCCUCGUUCGCCGCCGUCCAAAAACCAUCUGGCUCGGACGGCCGCUGGAGACGGGCAUAGGAGGGAAAACGAGGAGUAGCUAGAUUGUUGUUUUUCUUUAAAACUUACACACUCACAUGUUGCAAUAGGGAACACGUCACACCACCGUCUUUGAAUGCAUCAUCCCGGUGAACCCCGGCCGCUCUCACUCUGCGGCUCUGGGGGCUUGGACACUGCCAAUCCAACUUAUACUUAAACUCGCUUGAUGAAACAUUACCUUCUUUUCUUUCUCUGUAUUCAGUGUGUUUAAAUUACCAGACGAGGAAACUUUUAAAUAUCCAUAUAGUCAGCUGUUAGUGCUUUACCGGCUUCUUGAAAUCAAAUACUCAACUUUUUUUUUUUUUCCUUUUUUCCGUUGUUGAUGUCUCUCAUACACGGAACAUAAGAAACCACCAUCUGCCGCGGUCAGCUCCAGUAAUCUACGUGAAGAAAACAACAAUGCCAAAAUCUGCAGGAGAGAGACUGUACGGAUGGACUCCUGGCAUGGCUGACAAUCGGGCCCAGGGCUCGGACGCUGGGUGCCUCGCUGCACCCGUGGGGCCUCGGUCAGCGGGUGCUGCUGCAGCUCUCAGGCUCUCCUCCAGUGGGUGUUUGCAUCUCUCACCUUCACUGAGACGCCUGCCGCCUCCGCAGGCCAUCUGACAGAAAUGCGCAGCGACACUUUCUUCCCUUUUUUUCUACUUAGAGGACAAUAAUUCUUCUUAUUGUUGUUAUUAAGAAAAAAAAGAAUGACACUUUGUUCUUUUCUCUCUUGGAGAAAAAAAAUGUCUUAAAACUCACUGAAAUGUGUUUGAGGAAAAAAAAACAAAAAAACUGAAAAAUCUAAGAUGACUUCAACAGAAUGUGUGGGAUGGAAGGAGAGCGUUGUUGGUCUUUGAAUCCCCAUGAGCACCGACUCUUCAUCUGCAGUCUGUAAGCAACCAGUGGAUGAACAAAAAAAAAACAAAACAGAAUCACACCAACUCUCAGAAAAGGGAUUUGUAUUUUUUUCUUUUUUUUUGGACUAAAAUAAAAGCAGAAAGCAGAGAGGUCAUUUUUUCGUGCUGCUCUUUCUGCCCUGCGAUUCGCUGCAGCUGGAAAACGAAGCCCAGGAAUGACCUGCUGAGGUCUCCCUGUCAGGCAGAGGACUCGCUAAAAACUGAAAACCUAUUUUUUGGUUUUGGUUUUUUCCCUUUUUUUUUUUUUCCUGAAUGUCAUCCUCGAGCGCUUUCACAGACUCUGAGAUCUCAUCUCUCUAGCAGCACUGCAGGGCGAGAAACCCGAAGAGCCGCUUUUUGCUUUUUCACGUGGGACUAAAGACGCCAACCGACCUUCGAGUGGUGAUUCUGAACGGACACGGUCACACGGACCCGUUAAAAUUUGCCUGUUUCGUAUCCAUUGACUGCACUGACUUUUUUUUCAAUGUUAUCUGUGCUUUUUUUUUUAAUACAGUGAAAAAUAAGGAAAAAAUGAACACAAAGAAAAAAAAUCAUAAAAGACUUGAAAAAAUGCAACACAAAAACAAUUCUGUCUCACUCUACACACACUCCGUCGACACACACACACACACACACACACACACACACACACACACACACACACACACACACACACUCUCUUACACACCGCAGUUCCUUUUUUGCUCACGGCUCCUCUUCAGAUAAGACUAAUAAGAUUUAGGAAAAAUAAUUAUUAAACUAAUGAACAGAGUUGGAAAACAAAACACUGCAUGGCGGGCUUUAUAGCAAACACACACACACACAUAAACACACAGCAGCUCAUGCGCACGCACACUCUUCCUGGAAUUAUAUGUUCUGCUCCCAAAUCUUUUUUCACAGUAGGAAUUUAGCAACUGUUGUUUAGUAGAAGAGUAUCUUAGCUCUCGGCUGGAGGUAACAAACGAUUCCAAAUCCUUUGAAGUGAGAAAUCAGCUUGUUCUCAGUUCCAACAAUCACCCACAUAUCCCCCGCUACAGCCGCUGCCUCUCAUUUAAUCGCUGUUUUUUACUUCAGACACUCCGGUUUCAUUGUUGGUUACAGUUCAGCGUGUUAGUCGACGUUUUCAUCAGAAAUAAACCCAAUUAAAACAACUGUGGCAGAUCUAGAAGUAUUUAAAAAACAACAGUAAACAUGUAGAAUGAAUGUGAAGCCAGAAGCUUUAUCACAGCUGGUUCCUUGAAAACCGAGAAAAGCAUCUUUAUAAUCAUAGAAAACUGACAGAAUAUGGUGUUACAAUCUUUUUUGGGGCCGGAAUCACAAUAUUUUUCUAGUUCAAAUACAACAUGCUGCAGAAAUUCCAGCUCCAGAUUCAAUUUGACGAAUUAAUAAAGAUUCAUUUUCAAUUUAUCAGAAUCCUGCAUUAAAGAGAUACAUAGAGUAAAGCAUACAGCAAGCAAAUGAAUAAAAAAUUAUAUUUCAAGCUUAAAGGAAUCAUGUACAAAGUUCCAGUUAUGUCCCUACUUUCUAGUAUUUUGAGCAUCACUUUUUUGCUGAUCUUCACAGCAGUGAUGCUCAGAAUGUCGCAAUUUGCAACAAAUAUUUCAAAAAUUAGCUUUGUGUCAUCAAGACAGGGGAAAAUGGUGGCUCAGAAACACCGUAGAUAUUUUAUGACUAACUUUUAAAAUCAGCGUCCAUACUCGUCUUCUGUCUGCUGAGUGUAAACACUGCCUGCAGUUCAACCCAGUUCAUCCAAAAACCCGCAAGUUUUUUGUCAUGUGACGGCUGAGUCAGUCGUGGCUUCUUGAUUGCACCAAGCAGCGCAGACUUUUUUUUUUUUACAGAAUCGGGUUAAUUUUUAAAUAUAUGCAAUGUAGAAUGCGGUGAUGUUUGUACAGUUCGAAGAUUUCUGGAUUUGAGAGUGUUAAUCUGAGCAAAUGACCACAAUGAAAGGCUUAAGUAAUUGUAGUGAAGGAAAUCUUUUGGAUCUAACUACUGAAGGCCUGUGAAAUGGAUUGGCAUUUGUAAGCCAGCCAGCUAUCUUGUAGGCAGCUUCUUUUGACCUAGUGCUUCGAGUUUCAUGGGCAUGGCUUCAAAAACAAAGUAAAAUCAGCUGCAGGGUUUUCAAAUCUGUGCUUAUGUUUGAUGAAAACAACGACUUCUAUCCGUGUGAAUGUAAUCACUGAAACCUCUGAUUGGAAAAAAAACAGGAUAGAUGAGAGAAAACUAGGGCACACACACAUCCUCAACGCCUGCUUCCUUUUCUUGCAGAAAAAAUAAACUCGCCUUGCAACCAGGGCGAUCAGCACCGACACUGACACCGCUGCUCCAUCCGCCCACCACCAUGCAUUUGCCCCGUAGCGCAUGCAAACAGCCCGAUGCUCGCUGCUGCUGCUGCCUGGUGCAGCUGGGUGAGGGUGCAGGUUCCUGAAGCUGGCGGGGGAUUUCACAUCCCAGCGUGCCCAGUCAUCGUGCCAGUUGGCCUUGCCAACCUUCAUUAGGUGAAGCAGUGAAAACAUUCUCCUCCAGGGGGGUUUAUGGUGUAGCUUUGAACAAUCGAUACCAAAAACCUCCAGCACGGAAACUGCCCUUCAGCCAGGGGCAGAGUCUCCCCGGUCAGGAGAGAUCAGCGGGAGACGCCUCCAUAUGGGUAUCUAGCGGCAGCUUUCUCUACUCGCUCUCUCUUUCUGCUAAAUACGACAAGGCGACUCACGUUUGAGAUGAAUCCAGUGUUUCACUUUUGAUUUAAUUGUUAGUGGUUUAGAAAAGCUGUCUGGAUGUUUGUUUUCUUCAGCUUGGAUGAUGCAAAGUCAUGCCCACAACGUAGAGGCAUGCAAAGGAUAACGAAGGAGCCCUCCUAUACAGGACGUACAAUCAUAGAGGGAUGGGGAUCGUAGCACUUUGUGAGGGGUUUGAUGGCAUGAAUGUUCAUCUGUGUGUGUGUGUGUGUGUGUGUGUGUGUGUGUGUGUGUGUGUGUGUGUGUGUGUGUGUGUGUGUGUGUGUGUGUGUGUGUGUGUGUGUGUGUGUGUGUGUGUGUGUGUGAGCAUACUGUGAGGGAAGCAGCCGUUCAGCUGAGUGGUUUGUAACUGAUUUCUAACUGCUGAACAGAGUGCAGCAGCGUGGGGGGGAAAGUUAGCUGAUACAUUAGCUGUUGGAUUUUUUUUUUUUUUAAUCUAAGCAAUGGCUGAGGGGAUUUAUUAGAGUUUUGUUCUGUCCUUUCCUCAUUCAAAGCAUUCAGAAAAGUCACAGAGCUUGAUGAGUCAAAUUAAAGAGAUGCAAACUCAUGCCUUGCAGAGCGCCGACCGCAGCUUGAUCCGUAUCGGAAGUAGAUAAAUCAGACUCUCUGCCAGAUUAGUUGACAUUCAGUUCACAUUUUUUGGAGGACACGUAGGGCGCAUUAUUAAUGUCUGCAAUUUAAAAAUAAUCUAAAUUUAUUGGAGCUGAUUCUGCUCAUUUGAGAAUGGGUCCUAAGAAACCUAAUUAACAGAACAUUGGAUGGAUGCAUGUUGACUUCAAAUUGGGAUUAAAACUGACCUAAAUUGACGUGUUCUAAAAAGGUUUUGGGGGAACACAUUGAACACUAGACUUGCAGAUUUUGAGGCUGCAAAGUGUUUUAAAUGUACAGCUUGAAACAAACACGACUCAUCGCUUCUCUCCCCCUAAAUUAAAAUCCCUCCUGACAUCCGACAGAUCUCAAAGUCACUUUAGAUACCAACUCGCAUUUGUUCCCUUCACAUCUCUGAGCCUGUCAGAGCAGGUUUUCUGUCACGGCGUCACUCCGGGUCUCCUGUCGUCUCUCAGGCUCCUCCAGGCCGGCUAGCUGCCGUCCCACAGCUCUGAUUAGCAUUAGCACUCCUGGCUCCUCUUCUCUAGUUGCAGUUCAGCUAAUGAGAUAGCUCUGGGUCACAGGGAAACUGAGUGGUCUGGAGAAAAAAAAACCCUACAAAACAAAAAAACACCAACGGGGACCUUGAGCCGGACCGAUCCGCACCCAGUGGACAGAUUUGAUGUGGAACAAACAGAAAAUCCAGAAAUACCAGGAGACUGUGAGAUAUUCGUCAAAGAGACUAAACUUUGAUGAAAAAAAGGAUUAAAAAAUCAUUUAUUCUCGUGAAUAUCCAAAUCAUUAAAUCAGCCAUUGCAUGUUAUCUCAUGGAUUACAGAUAAAAUAAAUUAGCAUUUAUCUGCGAAGUCCCGACAGAUAUUUAAUCCACUCCGUGUCUCCCAACCCUCCCCCUUCCUUUGCAGUUUAAAGUGCCAUUCUUAUUUCCCCUCCAUCCCUCCAUCCUCACCCCAUCUCUCCCUUUCUGUCCACAGCAGUUGUCCAUGCACUAUCAGCUGCAGGAAUGCUGAAUGCACACUUUACACAUUUUGCCCAAAGAUUUGCAUAUUUGCAAGUUAACUGCUGUGAAUGUAGUAGAUGUAGUGGAAAGAGCCGAGAGGCAGAGACGCAGAAAAGGAGUGAUGGAUGGAAGGUGGAAGGAGAGGGACUGUUUUUCUUACACCGCCGUCCCAUUAAAUCUUAAUUACCGAUUACGCUCCGACUCUUCACGCUUCAUAACAUUCUCAGUCUCUUGUCUGCUGUCAGCUGGAGCCAAACUCAUUGUUCACAAUGUAAAAAUAAUGUUUUCAUGGUCUUCUAGGGCGCCCGGUAUAGCGGCGCCAGCAGCUUAAGCAGGAGUGAAGUAGCUUUAGUUUAAGUUUAGCUUCUUAGCACACUGCAGAUAGCACCGUCAAGUCGAACUUCAAAGUCAAAGGUGGGCUUGAGUCUUUUGGAAAUGUUGUGGUAUCCGAUGUUAUGUGGCCAACUUUGGAUGAGUUUACCGUUCCCGCACAUCAAAUGGAUGGAGCUGAGAGGAAAUCCAGGGAAUUUACUAAAGGUGCUUUCACACCGGGAGCUUAGUCUGAAUCUGGGAUCAUCUCACCCAAAAAUUGGGAAUGUGACUAUUUUUUUUCUGCCUCAGGUGCAGAGCAAAAACAACAUCUGAAAAAACUGUCUGAAUUUGGAAAUCCACUAAAAUCUGGUACAGUUUACGUGCAGUCAGAAAGCGUUUCAGAUCCCAGAGGAAAAACCUGUGCAUGUCCAGCUACGUACAGAGCCUUGUGUUUGCCACAAAGGACAAUUCAUUGUUUCUGCAUGACCCAUGUGGACUUUCAAAAGUGGACAUGUGGCUCUAUUCAUACGACAAUCGGUCUGCUAUGUAAGAUGGUUGCUUUUACCCUGAUAUCGAAUACAGAAAAACAUGAAAGUUUCUGACCGACUAUAACUUUGCACUUUUUACAGGAUAAAGCAGCUCGUUACAGAUUAGGCUGCAGCACUGAGGUGUGCCGAUCACAAUGAGAAGACAUAGGAUGGGAUUUCUGGAUUACUUCUCACUGUGUUUGGUCACCAUCGAUGGAAAGCUUGUACAAAGCAAAGCACUUCUUAAGUGCGACAGCAAAUACUUCAAUCAUAACCCUUUCAAGGAUGAAUCAUAACAUGCAGACAGUCCACAGUGUGACAAACCUUGGGCAUGUGGAUGUACACGUGAGCAACCUUCGUGAACUUGAGUGCAUAGUGAAAUUUGUCAUUUCUUUGCAGACCCAUGCACAUUAGGAAAGCAUGAAUUGGCCUUUCUGUAAACACAAUACAGGUCAGGGCAUCCUUGCAUGAAAUUCGACAAAAUUGUGACCCAUAAAUCAAGAUUUUAGAAUUUGACUGACCAUCAUUUGUGAAAUGGAAAGCUUCAAUCUGCAUUUGAGUAUUGCUUGGCACAAGUUAACACUUGCAAAAAUCAGACGAGUGAGCAGUCAUAUUCAGGUUCAGACUCAAACCAGUGUGAAAACAGCCUUUAGACAUCCUUUGUGACCACAGGGAGCAGUUAAGACAUCGUCCUCUGAGGGACCAGGCUUCAGUUUCUGUACUUCCCACCACAUCAUCCUGAAGAAGGAUUGUCACUUCUGGCAGCUUUUGUAAAUAGCGUGAGAUCUUGCAUACAGACCGCUCUGUGUGAAAUUAACCGUACGUGGCGACAGCACCGUCUCAAACAUUUCAGCAUUUCUAUAGGUCUGCUUUAGUUCUUGCAAACAUUGCACUACAUGAUCAUACUUAGCUAUUGCACUCUUCAUGUGCGCGCACUGCUAGCAUAGUCUGUUGGAGCACUCUGUCAAAUAUCCACUUAACAUUUGUUACACGACCAGGAUGCACUUUGCCACCAAGAACCAUUUUACAGGUCCGCCCUUAACCCUCCAGUGAAAUGCCUUUUUCAUCACUGUUACUCUGGGGUUGUACUCCGUAAACAGUCAUGCUGUGGCUUGGUUGAGCUUUCUUGGUAUCAGUGGCAUCCCGGAGUGACUCUGUCUGUAACUACUGUGUUUGUCCAUGCUUGAUGUGUCAGUAUAUAGAGAUUCACAGAUCUUUACCUUCUCCUUGUGUCUGUAUGUUUCACUUCACCCACACCAAACCUACUCCACCAAAUCCACAACAGUCAGAGCCCUGUGGGGCCCAACAUGCUCAUAGUCUUCAGAUAUCCAGCUGUUCUGAGGUAUAUUCUUAAGAGCUAUGCAGCUUGGGAGCUCCAAGCAGUUCUUUGGUGAGACUGCAAUAACUUUCCACCUUUGCCAGCUAAAUGUCCUCGGUCGGUACAGUUUGUUUAACUUCAGCCGAUCCAUCCUUGUAGGUGCUUUAUCCUCUCUGUCAGUCGAUGCCUGAUGCUUUCCUGUGAUGUUAUUUUAGUUGGAGUCUGGCCUGUUCUGUCUCUCAGUAUGUGGGGAAAAAAAGGAUUGGUACCAAAAGUUUCUGAUUGUCUUUGCUAUAUUCGUCUGUGAAAUUUUAGCUGGACAAUUUUCAAUUAAGUUCAAUUCAAUUGUAUUUAUAAAGCACAAAUUACAGUCAAAUUGUCUCUACAGAACUUUCCAGAACCCAUAUGCCUGACCUCUAGAGCAAAACCCCAAGGCGACAGUUUAAGAUGGCCAAAUCCAGUUCAACCUAUCUGAAAACUCUGAUUAUCUUCUCUAAAGUCCAAUGCAGCUAUUAAGAUUAUUAUUAGUUUUUCUGAACCAUAAAGUUUUAUUGAGGGUGUCUCAAAAAUCCAAGCCUGUUGAAGCCAAAUAAUCUGUCAACAUUUCAGACCUCUGACUUCGUGAGCAGGAUUCUUAGUUCCGUUAUGAACCGUUACAUUUCAAAUUAAUUGUUCAUCUUUUAUUCAUAGUUUUGGCUCAUUGUUACUACAAAUCCUGGUCUCUUAAAAAUCCUCUUUCUAUAAAUAAAUUGGAACAGAAUUUUCCCUUUGAAAGACACACAACUAGAGAAACAACCAGGUCCUGUAGACGUGUCAUUUCUAGAAGACUUGGUUGUUUUCAUUGGUUCGGACAACAUGUUGCUGCUCAUCAGAUCAAGAUCCAGAUCACAUGAAGUAUUUCCUUCAGUUCAAGUGCCAAGCAAACGUUUGAGGCAAUUUCCGUUAAAUCUGAGGUUGCAGAACUGAACAUGAUCCUCAUAUUACUUGUCCAAGUGGAUGUUGUUGUUGAAGCUUUAUUAGGCGGAGAACUCAUCUCCAAAAUCUCCUGCAGUGCGUCUGGUGAGUAUCUUACUGUGGUAUUAUACCUAACAGGAACAGAUGUUGAAAAGAAAAAUGAUAUUUACCUUUGAAUUAAUGCCGGUUAGAGUCCAGACUAACAGAACUGAAUUUGGUGUCAAUCCUUUUGCCACAUCUGCAGCAGCCAAUCCAACGUCAUCAUCAACUGCAAGUGGUAUUUUAGCACCUUCUGUAUGAUCCAAUGUGUGUACACGUCGACUCAAACAACAGCCGUCGAGAUCACAACUAAAACUUUUCUGGGACAAAAGGACAUGUGGAAGUGAAAAAGACAGGCAGAUGUGUUUUCUACAUCACAGCAUCCCUCACCAUCAGCCGGGGGCUCUGUAACUCCGUUCAUAUCAACCUUGGAUCCAUAAGCCGUCACUCGCCCCGCCCUCUCUCUUCUGUCACUGUCACCUCUGUUGAGUUUGUUUUGUUUCAGUUCCCUUGUUUUACUUACAAUUUUUUGCUGUACAAAGUGUUUAAAAUAUUAUUUGUAUUAUAAUGAUGUUAGUAUGGUAAUGUUCUUUAUUAAGGAGAAGCAAAAUUUAUUUUUGUUACUGGUCUGUUUCAUAAUUCUUUUCUAAAUUGGUAUUGUAAGAUAUCUAUGCAAGAACUGUUAAGUGGAGCAUUUUUAUUUAAGAAUGUAAUACUGUGUAAUAAAUGGUAGAAUCUG